GGUGUUCAGUGAUGGUUUUCAUUUCCCUCCUUCACUUUCUUUGUCUAUAAAUAACAUUCUAAAUCUUCACUUUUUCUUUCAAGUUUCAACAAACAAUCCUCUAAACUAAUAAAAUAUUUCCCCAUCUUCUUUCUUUUCUACUUCUAUCCAUUUUCGAAUUCAAUUUUUCAAAAAAUCCCUCACUUAACCAGAGAGAAAUGGAUGUUCACCAGCGAAGCCUGAAUGCCGUCGGAAGUUCAGCUCCCUCCGGCAAAUCUUCAAAAACGAAAAACGAAAAGCAUGAUUCCCAAUCACAACCUUCACUGUACUUAACAAACGCGGUUUUCUUCGGCCUCUUCUUCUCUGUCGCAUACUUUCUUCUUCACCGGUGGCGUGAGAAGAUCCGAACCUCUACUCCUCUUCAUGUACUCACAAUCUCCGAGACUGUAGCAUUACUUUCCCUCAUAGCUUCAAUUUUCUAUCUUAUGGCUUUCUUCAGCAUUAGCUUCGUCCUUCAUCCCUUCCCCGUGUCUCGUGCCGUUCAGUAUGAUGAAGAAGAUGAAGAAGAGGUUGAUAGAACCACCGGUUCAUGCCUCGCCGGAGUUACACCGAAGUUACCUCCGCUACCAUCGAAAACUACCGUAAAAAAAAUUGCUCCAGCACCGGUGACGGUGCAGCUCUCAUCUGAUGACGAGGAGGUUGUCCAGGCAGUAGUUUCAGGAUCGAUUCCGUCUUACUCACUUGAAACCAAACUUGGAGAUUGCCGGCGCGCAGCGGCAAUACGUAACCAAGCUGUGGAAAGAGUUACUGGAAGGUCACUUGAGGAUUUACCAAUGGAAAAUUUUGAUUACGAUUCUAUAUUAGGACAGUGUUGCGAGAUGCCGAUAGGAUUUGUUCAGAUUCCGGUAGGGGUUGCCGGUCCUUUGUUGCUCGACGGAAAAGAGUUCACGGUUCCCAUGGCAACCACUGAAGGUUGUUUGGUUGCAAGCACUAACAGAGGCUGUAAAGCUAUUUACGUUUCCGGUGGUGCUUCCGCCGUUGUCCUCCGUGACGGCAUGACCAGAGCCCCCGUUGUUAGAUUCAACUCUGCCAAAAGAGCUUCUCAGUUAAAGUUCUUUUUAGAAGAUCCUCAAAAUUUUGAUUCCCUCGCCCACACUUUUAACAAGUCAAGUAGAUUUGCAAGAUUACAGAAUAUAAAAGCUACUAUAGCAGGAAAGAAUUUAUACAUUAGAUUUACGUGUUCAACUGGUGAUGCAAUGGGGAUGAACAUGGUAUCAAAAGGUGUACAAAACGUACUUGAUUUUCUUCAAAGCGAUUUUCCUGAUAUGGAUGUGAUUGGAAUAUCUGGAAAUUAUUGUUCAGACAAGAAAGCAGCAGCAGUGAAUUGGAUUGAAGGGAGAGGAAAAUCUGUGGUGUGUGAGGCUGUAAUUAAGGAAGAAGUGGUGAAGAAAGUGUUGAAGACUAAUGUUGAGUCUUUGGUUGAGCUUAACAUGCUAAAGAAUCUUACUGGUUCAGCCAUGGCUGGUGCUCUUGGUGGAUUCAAUGCGCAUGCUAGUAAUAUUGUUUCUGCUAUUUACUUGGCUACAGGACAAGAUCCUGCUCAGAAUGUUGAGAGUUCUCAUUGUAUGACCAUGAUGGAAGCUGUGAAUGAUGGGAAAGACCUUCAUGUCUCUGUCACUAUGCCUUCCAUUGAGGUGGGAACAGUUGGAGGGGGCACAGAGCUAGCAUCACAAUCAGCUUGUUUGAAUUUACUUGGUGUGAAGGGUGCUAGUAAAGAGUCACCGGGAGCAAAUUCAAGGCAACUGGCAAUAAUAGUAGCUGGUUCAGUCCUUGCCGGAGAGCUUUCACUCAUGUCCGCAAUUGCAGCCGGUCAGCUUGUUAAGAGUCACAUGAAAUACAACAGAUCUAGUAAAGAUGUCACCAAAAUUGCUUCAUGAGUUGGCCAAAUGACAAUACCACAACUGUGAUAUAAAUAAUAAACUUGCAUGUAUCCUCAAGUAUAAUAAUCAAAGAAAAAGAAAUUUCAAUGCAGGAGUAUAAAUUAUUUUUAAGAGGGUAUUAAUUGGUGGUGGUGGUUGGGACAUAGCCUGCAAACUCGACUUCAUUAAUUUAUGGUCCAUGUGAAGGAGUCAUAUCUCUCUGAAGUUUUACAGAAGGAAUUAACUAGUAAGAUUUACUGUGAUUCCUCUUUCUUUUCUUCUUUUGAAACAAUAAGGUUGUCCUAGUGUGUCUCGAGUAUCCUGUAAAAUAGUAGUAGUGUUUUAGUCUUUCUUUUUUACUUGUAUUCCUAUUUGUCUAUUUGUGUUGUAAUCUUCGUUACUUAUCAUCUAAAAUCAAAGAUUUAGUAGAUGUUGUUUCUCA